AUGUCAAAAUCAAAGAUUUCUCUAAGUAAAGCUUGCCAAAUGAUUUUAGAAGAAAGUGAGGAAGAUGAUUGCGAAGAUUAUGUUGCAUCAGAUGAUGAUAAUGAAAUCGAUUGUGUUGAAGAAAACGAAGUUAGUAAUAGUGAAAGCGAAAAUGACAUGAAAUCUGAUUUGAUGGCUAAUACUAUUACGCAUGAGGAAACGUAUUUAUCAAAAAAUAAAGAAAUUGUGUGGCAUAGUACACCAGAAACAAAUACACAAGGUCGUGCCAAAAGUUUCAAUAUUGUAAAAGAAAGUCCAGGAUUCAACAAUUAUGCAAAAAAUAACGUUGAUUCAAUAUCUUCUUCUUUUUUGAUUUAUUUCAGAUCUAGUUUGUUGGAACAAAUAUGUCAUUUCACAAAUCAAGAAGGACAACUGGUGUUGAAAGAUGGUUAUAAGAAGGGAUUGGAAAAUUCUGGCAGAAACAUUACGUGUGACAAUUUUUUUUACGAGCAUUGGUUUGGCAGAAAAGUUAUUCAAGAAAAAUCUGACAAUCGUAGGAACAAUUAG